CUGACUGAGCUCAGACGCAGCAUCUCAUUACCGUUCCAAUACAAUCUAUCACUGAGGCUCAUUGUGUCCUGUAAACUCCAGCAGUCAAGGUGUUCCUCUGUAUUUGGCUCCACUCAGACAAAGACAGGAAACCAUGGCUGUGGCUAAUUUCCAGUACAUUACUCGGAUGAGCAGCGGCUUCAAGGUGUACAUUUUAGAAGGUCAACCCCACUGCAGAAGCGAGGACAGAUACAGACAUAUGACAAAUGACCGGGCUCGAGCCCCUGCAGUGUAUCCAAUGAAGCGUAAACGCAGUCAUGAGAGAGGGCUAACAUUGGAGGAAAGGCGAGAGCGGGCGAUGAGCAGAAGCAAUGCUAAAGAGGCUCAGAGAGCAGCAGCAGCACCACCAGUGAUGUUCACCAGCCGACACAGUUCGACAUCUACCCAGAGUCCAGCACCCAGCCCCACCAGCCCUCUGCCCACCCAUGUGUACUACACACCAGUCAUGGACGAACCUCUUGCCCUCAUCAAGAAACCAAGAAAAGACCCUGAAAACUCAGUGGAAAAGACUCAAAGCACUGCCACCAAUCAGAUUCAGGUGCGCCCCACUGUGAUCACCUGUGUCUCGUCAUCCAGAAACCCCUCCUGCAGAUCUGAGGUCCACAGAAGCCCCUCAUCAGUGGUUUCCAAAAGCGACUACGAUCACGUCCUCGAGGAGCAUUUCCAGAGGAGCCUCGGAGUGAACUACCAGAAAGCUCCCAAACAGCAGCUCUCCAUCAGCGUCUCUGUUGAUGACCACUUUGCCAAGGCUUUGGGAGACAAGUGGCUGCAGAUUAAGUCCAAAUCUUCCUCCUGUUCUUCCACACCUCCCAGCAGCCCAAGCGUUACUCACUCCCCCACCUACAGCCACAGCCCCAAUCAGUGCCACAAAGAGUCCACCAGCAGCUCAUCGCCGACUCCCAGCCACUGGCCCAUCAAUUAAAGCAGAAACGACCCCUGAUUCUGGUGGAAACUGGACUUUGAGACUUGUAACAUUUCAGUGCAAACAGCUCUGCUUGUCCAUGCAAUGGAAAUGCCAGCACUAGUGUGGAGAGAGCGAGCUUGCAGACGCAGGAGUGCCGUCACUUUGGACCUCUGUGUGUCCAGACGUAAUACACAAAGAUGCAGACAAAUGUAGCAGUAUCUGGGACAUCCUUGUUUUGUUACAUUUCUGUCCUCUGCUUGUUGAUAGCAUCUGAAUAACUGAGAUACUGUAGAUGGUGAUGAGGGAUGGUUGAAAAAUCAGUCACAUAUUCCUUAACAUUUCUUUUAUUUUGGGUCAUUCUUAUAAUGGAAUGCCAAACUUUUAUUGUAUUAUAUUUAUAUUCUGAUAUGCCUGGGAUAUACCUUACAGUCGACAUGACUAGUCUAUCUGCUGUAUAAUAUUAUGCUUAAGAGCUGAGACUUUUGAAAAAACUUUGAAAGAAUAAAAAUCUCAUAAAUUCUAUAAAAAUAAA